AUGCCUGGCCUGCCCCUCGCCCUCCUGCUGCUGGCCCCAGGGACGCUGCUGGGGGCUGGGAGCCCCUGGACAGAGUCAGCCGCCAGCCCUGGGGCCCUCAGCCUGGAUGAAGGCUGGGGCUGGCCACCCAGCAGCGCUGCCAAUCCCCGGUGCCUGGUGGCACUGAAUGGGGGUGGCAAAGGGGACCGCAGACCCCUGCGGGUGGUGGGUGCCCUGAGCAGCUACGAGACAGCCUUCCUGGAGGCAGUGCGGGGGGCCAGCUGGGGCCCCCAUGACCUGGACAUCUUCGGCAUCUGCAGGCCCGGGCCUGAGCAAGCCAUCAUGGCCGCCCUACAGCAGCUGGCAGCCUGGCUUGAGGAGCCCAGGGCUCAGCCGCUGCUGGUCUUGCACCUGGAGGAAGUGAUGUGGGAGCCAGCACCCACCCUGAAGUUCCAGCAGCCCCCAGCUGAGGCUGUUCCGCCUGGGUUGGCACUGUUGGUGCUGUAUCCUGGGCCCGGCCCUGCAGCCACCAUCACAGGGACUGGACUUCCAGGAGCCCAGAGCCUCUGCCCGUCCCCUGACACCCGCUUCGUGGCACUAGUUGUGGCACAGCCUGCAGACGCCUGGCGUGGUUCUGGCCUCACCUUGAGCCUGCGACCCCAUGGAGACGGGACGCCCCUAAGCACGCCUCAACUGCAAACACUGCUCUUUGGAACGGACCCUCGCUGCUUCACACGGAUGACCCCGGUUCUGCUCCUGCUGCCUCUGUUCCCGGCGCCGCUACCUGCUCACGGCCAGCUGGACACAGCCCCCCUCCUGCCACCCAGGCUGGCCCUGGAGUCCGAGGAGCCGCUGCCCAGCGCUGACCCCUUCCUGGAAACGCUCACGCGCCUGGUACGGGUGCUGCGUGGCAGCCAGGUGCCAACCUCCCCGCCACGGCUGUCCCUUGACGCGGGUGUGCUGGCGGGCUUCCCGCAGGGCUUGAUCAACCUGUCAGACCCCGCAGCGCUGGAGCGCCUGCUGGAGGGUGAGGAGCCACUCCUGCUGCUGCUCCCACCCUCCGACGCCCCCUUCCCGGCCGCCCCAGCCCAGGUUCGGGGCUCCCCGUCGGUGGCGCCUUGGGCCGAGGGCCUGGCGCGACGCGUGGUAGCGGAGCUGCAAGCAGCAGCCGCGGAGCUUCGAGGCCUCCCGGGGCUGCCGCCCGCAGCCGCCCCACUGCUGGCCCACCUGCUGGAGCUGUGCCCAGGUGACCCGCGGGACCCCGGCGGGCCCAGAGGUGCCCUGCGUGCGCUGCUCUUGCUGAAGGCUCUGCAGGGCCUGCGCACCGAGUGGCGCCGUCGAGAGCCCCGCGGGCAGGCACGGGCACAGCGCAGCGCCGGGGCAGCUGCAGCUGCCGACGGGCCGUGCGCGCUGCGGGAGCUCAAUGUGGAUCUGCGCGCCGAGCGCUCCGUGCUCAUCCCGGAGACCUACCAAGCCAACAACUGCCAGGGCGCGUGCGGCUGGCCACAGUCUGACCGCAACCCGCGCUAUGGCAACCAUGUGGUACUGCUGCUCAAGAUGCAGGCCCGAGGUGCCUCCCUGGCGCGCGCGCCCUGCUGCGUGCCCACGGCCUACGCGGGCAAGCUGCUCAUCAGCCUGUCCGAGGAGCGCAUUAGCGCGCACCACGUGCCCAACAUGGUAGCCACCGAGUGCGGCUGCCGGUGA